CUGGAUUGCAGUUAGUUCAGUUCAAUUGUAGUGCAAUCCCUGUAAGAACAGAAAAUAACCGAAUAUCUUAAGUCCCCUCUGAUUGGUUCAUGACAUCUCAAAACUCAAGACAGAACUCAGCGUAAUUGCUAUCAGUUGCUAUCUUUCUGCUUUCUGUUUAUAUUAAUGUGAGUGUUGCUUUUAAUUUAAUGGGAUUACGUGAAUCAACGAAAUGAAUAUAUUGAAUCGAUACCCGCAAUUUUCUCGUCUGAGUGCUCUUUGUCACAAGAAUGUCUCUCGCUUUUCUACAGAUAAAACCGACGGUCCACCGAUACCUGUGAAUCCUCUGAAGGAUGUAUACAGUGCCAAUGAUCAAACUGAAACCGGAGUGAUAUAUGACAAAAAACCGUUCAGAAUGCUUCUUAAAGCUGGCAAGAAUUACUCGUGGUGUCUAUGUGGACGGAGCAAGAAUCAGCCAUUCUGCGAUGGCACGCAUAAAGACAUUUUUCUUAAGAUAAAGCUGAGACCCAUACGUUUUACUGUUACAGAGACUAAGAACUAUUGGUUGUGCAAUUGCAAACAAACAUUGAACCGACCUUUCUGCGACGGAACGCACAAAAGGCAGGAUAUACAGGAGAAAAGAAUAUAAAUGGCAUGAAAUUGUAUUGUUGAUAUAUCAAUGAAUUUUUGAAAUAAAGAUUACUUUUUUGGUAUACCGUGCCUCUAUAAAUAUCUGGAAUGGUGUAUAUAAUAUACAUAUUAAUAAAAAUAUCUUUAGCACAUA